AUGAGCACCGAGCCCACGCAGCUCUCUGCUGAUGCAACCCGCCUGUCUAGCGAGAAAGCAGUAGGGCCGUCGGAGCACGCCAACGGCACCGCUGCCAUGCAAAGCGCCAUUGCCACCAACUCCUUCGCUCCAGGCCAAUCUUCGUCGCAAGGCCCCUCGACUGAAGGUGACUCGACCCAGAAGCGCUCCCUCUUGAACGUCCCGCGAUCCGGUUCGCAGUCCAACGAGACUCCCAACACUGGCCUCAGCGGCGCAACCGCUGCAGACGCUGAGAGCAUUGGGCGAGGCUCCAAGCACUCCAAGCGAAGCUUCAUGGGCAAGCGACGCGCAGGAAGCACCGCGAGCAGCAAGCGCUCCCACCCGCGCGCUGCCCCCGGAGAGAAGAACGAGCAAGUGCCUCCAAUGCCUGCCACGGCCAACCGCCCAGCAUCGACACGAAGCAAGACGAAGAAGUCCGGCGGCCUAUUGUCCUGUCUGCCCUGCUUUGCACCCAAGGAGUCUCGCACAACCGAUGACUCUACGCCUUUGGAGAACGUUAAGCAGACCCAAAAGGUGCCCGCUGGACGCACAUCUCAGUCAACACCCAUCAAGAAACAGGAACCCACUGUUGCGGAAUCAAGCAACACUGACUCGAAAGACCCACUUGAUGAGAAGACGGGAACCGACACAUUAGGUUCAGGUCUCGCCGACAAGCCCAGCCACGGUGAUGGCACAACCGAGCAGGCGUCAGUCGGAGACCAACCCCAGGUCGUGACAAGAAGCCCAUCCCAGAAGCAGCCAACAGAUACAGUUUCCCCGCCUCAGCCCGGCACCCUGCAGACUGGUCACCCCCAGAUAAGCAUCACAAACCCUACGCCCACCGCUACUCCGGUACUUCCUCGGCCGUCAGCAGAGCAAGAGCGCAUAAUACAGGAUCAGACCGAGGAGCAGAAGCAGAUCGAUAACGACAUUGAGAUGAAAGAUGUGCCGCUAUCGACCAACGAUGUUCACCAAGAGGGCGAGGAGACAACCGCCGAGGCCGAGGCCGAGCACCCCAAGGUCGACCUUCCUCCACCACCCCCACUGGCCGAGAGACAGGUCGCUGUUCAGCACCAGACUGCAGACGUUGCGGAGGCGGCGGAGCAACAGAAGUAUCUUUUGGGACCCAUCGCACCCAGAUUCCAAGGAAAGAAGUGCCUGGUUCUCGACCUGGAUGAGACUCUAGUCCACAGCAGCUUUAAAAUCCUGCACCAAGCCGACUUCACCAUCCCCGUCGAGAUUGAGGGCCAGUACCACAACGUCUAUGUCAUCAAGCGACCAGGCGUCGACCAGUUCAUGAAGAGGGUGGGCGAGCUCUACGAGGUUGUCGUCUUCACCGCGUCCGUCUCAAAGUACGGUGACCCCCUUCUCGAUCAACUUGACAUCCACGGCGUUGUUCACCACCGGCUGUUCCGCGAAAGUUGCUACAACCACCAGGGCAACUACGUCAAGGACCUUUCACAGAUCGGUCGCGACCUCAAAGAUACCAUCAUCAUCGACAACUCGCCUACGUCGUACAUCUUCCACCCGCAACACGCCGUCCCCAUCAGUAGCUGGUUCUCUGACGCACACGACAACGAGCUCCUCGACCUGAUACCCGUGCUUGAGGAUCUUGCCGGCCAGCAGGUCAGCGAUGUCAGUCUGGUGCUUGAUGUUGCUUUAUAA